AUGGACACUUCACCACUCCUCGGCUAUUCAAUGGCCGAUGACCUCCUCCGAAGCCGGCGGCUCGUGCGCCACGCCCCGCCACCAUUGCGCGGCGCUGCGCGGCUCCUUCGACGCGCCAGCGGGCGCCGAAUGAGGCUUCGUGAGCCCUCGUUUCGGGUCCGAGAGAACGCGGCGGAGGAGCUGGAAGAGCGCCAGAGCUACUGGGCGUACUCGAAGCCCGUCAUAGUUCUGGACCUGCUGUGGAACUUGGCUUUUGUGUGUGUUGGGUUCACUGUGAUGGGGUUGAGCAUGGAGGAGAAGCCUGUGGUGCCUUUGAGGAUUUGGGUUGUUGGGUAUAUUUUGCAGUGUGUUGUCCAUGUUGGGUGUGUGGUUGUGGAGUAUAGGAGGAGACGUGAGGUGGGUUUUGGUGAGGUAGGUUGGGGAAGUGGUGGGAGUGGCAGUUUGGGGUCUGGAAGUGAUGUUGAAGAUUAUGGGAGUGAGCAGGGUAUGGCUGAUGAUGAGACAAGUGUCACAAAGCAUCUGGAGUCAGCCAAUACCAUGUUUUCAUUUAUUUGGUGGGUCAUUGGAUUCUACUGGGUGACUGAUGGUGGCCAGACUUUGCUAUGUGAUUCACCUAAUCUAUACUGGCUUUGUGUUACAUUUCUAGCUUUUGAUAUGCUCUUCGUCGUUAUAUGUGUUGCUGUUGCAUGUCUUGUUGGAAUUGCAGUCUGCUGCUGUCUGCCAUGCAUAAUUGCAAUCUUAUAUGCUGUAACAGAUCAGGAGGGGGCAACAGAGGAAGAAAUUGAUAGAUUACCAAAGUUCAACUUUCGCAGGACAGGUAAUUUUGAGAAACUUAAUGGUGAGGCCCAAGCUUCUGAAGGAUUAAUGACCGAAUGUAACACUCGUGCACCAACUGAGCAUGUUAUUUCCCAGGAUGAUGCUGAAUGUUGUAUCUGUCUUUCUGUCUACGACAAUGGAGCGGAAUUACGCGGACUUCCUUGCCAUCAUCAUUUUCACUGCAGCUGCAUAGACAAAUGGUUAUACAUCAAUGCUACCUGUCCUCUGUGCAAGUUCAACAUUUUAAAGCCUAGUAACCAAAUUGGUACCGGCGUAGUGUAG